AUGUCGAUGGCCGAACGCCGCGCCACUGGCACGUCGGUCGCCACCGUCACCACGUCUCUCGCCGCGGUGCCGGUGGAGCUCUGCGACGAGGACGUGGCAAUGCGCUGCUCUGCUCAAAGCGAUGCUGGCUCUGCUGCCGACCCUGAGUGGGAGGCAGUGCUGGCGCAGCUGCUAGCAGAGGAAGCAGAGGAAGAGAAGCUCUGCUGCCGCUUCGAGCGCCGUGGCGACGACUCCGACGACGGGUGGGACAACUACAGUGAGGAGGAGGAGGAUGCUGCUGUGCAGGGUGUGGCUGAGAAGGUGGACGAGUCGCUCGAGCGUCGGGACGAGCGGGCUUGCGCCACUGGUGGAGGAUUCAGUAUGCUGCAGGCGGCUCCCACCCUCGAUGGGCCCGGGCCUUCCGCCCUGCGCUGGGAGGCAGAAGACCUUGGCGACUACGACCUCCUCAACCCCUCGUCGGCAGCGCGCCGCAAGCAGGUCCUUCUGGAGGAGGGCUGGCCUCGCGGCGAGUUGCCUUCCAAGGUGGGGUUGCGUGAGCACAUGCAGGCUCGCGCUGCGCUGCGGUAUAAGGGCCUCCAGGGCUCGCACCUCAACCUCUCAUAG